AUGUCCCCCAAGAAGCCCUGCAUUGAAGAGAAAAAUGGUAUAGGGAAAAGGUUCAAGAAAGGCAACCCGCUACUACGAGAGCUGUUCUUGAUGCAUCACGGAGUUUCCCGUGUAAUGGUAACAACGUCAACGUCGUUAUUCGAUGAUGAUGCUGAUGCUGUUGAUGCUCGCAUUGCUGAGUUGAGACAGGAAGUUGCUAAGGACGGUCAUGACAAUUCACAACCGGUGAAGAAAGUUGUCCCGAAACGUAAAUCAGGCGGAAUGAAGAAGUUCGGUACGAGUAAGAAGAUGGAUAAGAGUCUCGGGAAGAAGAAAACUGUACAUAAGAAGGGUGUCAAAUCGAAGAGCAAAAAGAAGCAUUGA